ACAGGCCCAGACCCCGCAUCGACCAAUGCACGAAGUGCCAACAGUAUGGGCACAAGAUCGAGAACUGCAAGUCAGCCGUACCGAGUUGCAGGCUGCGCGCACUACCUCAUCUGACCCAAGACCACACGGACUGCGACCAGUGUGAGGACUGACGAUUUGACGGCAGCGGAGAGGCGAACAAGAAGCGAUGUACACUCUACGAGAUCAAGUGCGCGAAUUGCGGAGGGCAGCAGUAUGCAAGCAGCCGUCAAUGCCCGGCAAGACGUCGCAUUGAAACAGUAUCAUGGACACGUUAAGUUCCCUACAAAUCUUUCAGCUCAGCUGCCACAAGUCUGCUCUUGUGAUGCAUGCCCUGCUAGACAACGAGGAGGUCGCUGAGCAAGUAGAUGUACUCUACCUACAAGGUCCUUUCUCCAUGUACACUAAUCCCCUCUGCCAUCAUCGUUGGCGACCCUAUGGGAUGAUCGGGCCCUCCCCGGAGGAGCCAGGAUUCCCUAGAAAGAGACCAUAUCCACCGCGCACAGGAUCUCUAACAUACAUCCACCAACAGGUCCGUCAAGCAGACGUCACCCUCAUCCACCAGAUGCACGCCGACAUCGUGGCUGCUGCUCGGAUCAGGGGGCCCCAGGUCGGUCUUCACGUCGGUGUUUCUGCAGCUCCUCGCGUUCUUCCUGCUUGAAGUUGAUGAGGAGAGGAUCAUGAUCUGGAGCUCCAUUCCCUGUCAUCCCCGAGAUAGUGGCCUUCGCGACAUGGUCGU